UCUCUUUCUCCCUCUCCAUCUCUGAUUAGAUACACUGAUUGUCCAUUCAAUGGACGUCAUUUACAACAGACUCUGCCUUGAGUUGCUUCCUCGCUUCACGCUCGAUUUCCGACCAUUCUUCCCUUAUUAAGUAUUCGUGUAAUAUUAAUAGUCAUGAAUAUCUGCUAUUAGGAGUCCAGCGAACAAGCCGAUCACUGCUAUUAUGAGCUCAAGUGAGGCAGCAGCUCAGUGAAAGAACGAGAACAGAAGAAGGAUAUAAGAAACUUUAAAUAACCCCUGCAAGAGAAAACAUACUGCCUUUUGAAACCAAAUGAACGGCAGCAGGAAUUUAACCAGAUUCUGGUGGAUUAUUGUUCUUUCGUGACGCAUAUGAAUGUUUGGCGUUGCGAUCUUGUAGUAGUAGUAUAGCGCUGGGCUUUUAUUUUUCAUUUCCAUUAACUGAUAUUUUUACGUCUUGAUUGUUGGAACCGCUUCACUCAUGUUAGUGCACAGUUUUUCAGCGAUGGAUCGUCACGACGGCACAAGCAAUGGGACAGGCAGGUUACCUCAAUUGGGGACCGUGGGUCAGUCUCCUUACCCUAGCGCCCCUCCGCUCUCUCACACUCCAAAUUCUGAUUUCCAGCCUCCUUACUUCCCUCCACCUUAUCAGCCCAUUUACCCCCAGUCCCAGGACCCUUACUCUCAUGUCAACGACCAUUACUCCCUGAAUUCCCUUCACGCACAGCCGCAGCCCCAACACCCAGGCUGGCCAGGGCAAAGACAGAGCCAGGAAUCCAGUUUGCUGCAUCAGCAUCGCGGUCUACCCCAUCAGCUGUGCAGGGAUUACCGACGAGCUGAAGUUCUUCUGCCUGGAGGUCAUGGACUCGAUUCUGGACUAGAUUCUAUAUCCAUCCACGGAAUACCUCAUUCUCUGGAAGAUGUACAGCAUGUUGAAGAUCAAGGCAUUAACAUCCCAGACCAAACUGUAAUUAAGAAAGGACCCGUCUCUCUAUCCAAGAACAACAGUAGUGCUGUCUCCGCGGUCCCAAUCAACAAGGACGGUCUCUUUGGCGGGGUUGUAAACCCCAAUGAAGUGUUCUGUUCAGUUCCGGGUCGCCUGUCUCUUCUCAGUUCAACAUCAAAGUACAAGGUCACGGUGGCGGAAGUGCAAAGACGUCUCUCACCGCCUGAGUGCCUCAACGCCUCUCUGUUGGGAGGAGUGCUGAGGAGAGCAAAAUCGAAAAACGGAGGACGGUCUUUAAGAGAAAAAUUGGACAAAAUCGGAUUAAACCUGCCAGCAGGUAGACGUAAAGCAGCAAAUGUUACACUUCUGACAUCACUAGUAGAAGGGGAAGCGGUGCAUCUUGCGAGGGAUUUUGGUUAUGUAUGUGAGACCGAAUUCCCGUCCAAGGCAGUAGCUGAAUAUGUAAAUCGUCAACAUUCCGACCCAAAUGAACAAGUCCAAAGAAAAAACAUGCUGCUGGCAACAAAACAGAUCUGCAAAGAAUUCACAGACCUGCUGUCUCAAGACCGAACUCCCCUAGGGAACUCCCGGCCGCAACCAAUUCUUGAGCCAGGGAUCCAGAGCUGUUUGACCCACUUCAGUCUCAUUUCUCACGGCUUUGGGACCCCAGCAAUGUGCGCUGCCCUCACCGCUCUGCAGAACUAUCUUACUGAGGCGAUCAAAGCCAUGGACAAAAUGUAUCUCAACAACAACCCCAACAGCCACUCUGACAGCACCAAAAGUGGAGAAAAAGAUGAAAAGCACAGAAAGUGAUUAGUUUUUAUUAAAUAUAAAUAUUAUAUAUAAAUAUUAUUGAUCCAAACUACAACUUGCCAGUUCCUGUUUUCACGAUUUUCAAGACUGCUUUGCCCCACCCAAAUUUGGAGCCCCAGGGAACGAAGCAAAAAAAGAGAGAAAAAUAAUUUAAAAAAAAGAAUGAAUUAAACGAAAAGUGUGAUGGAGUCAUUUCCGAAAAGUCGUCGUACCCCACUUUGUGAACUUUUUAUGAACUUUGUUUUUAAUUGAGAUGCAACGGACUGAAAUACAGCAACACUUAUAUAACUCAAUUUACGAUGGUAGCCAUAUAAACAGAAGGUAAAGAGGAUGCAUUUUUAUCAGUAUUGUGAAUAAACUUGAAAAAAAAUCACAGAGUUCCAUGUCAUGACUUAGACUUUCCCUUCUAAGGUAAAGCGACCAACUUGACCUUCUAUUUCUACACGGUUCACGGUUAUUAUAUAAGUGAAUCAGUGUUCAAGUAUGUAUAUAUUUAUUUAUGUGUAAUUUAAUGGGAAUUGUAAAUAUGGUGCGUCUGUUUAAUCCUUUUUUUAUUUAUCUGGUGAUCUCGUUUGCCUCCUGUUUAGUGGGUUUUAAAUAUUCAGUUAGUUCUUCAUGUGGUUUUAUGGUUAGAAAAAUGGUAUUGGGGGUCUUUCUCUGGAAUAUAUCAACAAAGCCCUCUUGUAGCAUGUGGAGGCGACACUGAAACAAGUGAACAGAUUAAACAGAACUAAACUUGAGUUUUCUAUAUCAUUAUUAUUAUUACACCAAGUUUAUAUUUAAAAGACCAAAAGCUGGACCCUGACAAGAAAUUGAAGUGUUUUGUGGUUUCUAUACAAACCCUUGUGUGUUGUGCCAAGCAGAAUAACAUGCCCCUACUGUCCUCUCCCAGAAGCACCAUCAAAGCAAUAAAUUGAUAUUGUCUUAGGAAAAAAAAAAA